UUGAAAGUUACUCAAGAUCGUCCGCUUCAGGCAUAUCAACCACCUGCAAGCACGGCUCCGCAAUAUAGCCCAGCUCCUCCACCAGUUGGAGUUCCAUCGUCGGUGCCAUUCAGUGCGGGAUCAUACUCGAUGCCAAUGACAAGCUAUGCUUCUUCCACUUCUACGGCUAUGCCACAGCCGCCGCAACCUCUUCCUCCGAAUUUGCAGCCGUCAUCUACCCCUAGCUAUUUCCCGCCACCGCAGCCACCGAAUCUCACACCAUCGAUUCCGUCUGGUAUCCCCUCGGUUGUACCAUCGAUGUUUGCAACGGGUACAUCUACAACGGCAACUGGAGGAGCUUUUCCACCGCCUCCAAUUAAUUUCCCGAUGCCCCCUUUAAGCUCUCUCGGUAUCACACAGCUGGCUCCCCCACCGACUUCCUCAGCUGAUUCUUACCAGCAGAAGAUCAACCACGGUAUUGUUCAUUUCUCCUUAUUCACGAUUUUUAAUUUAUUUCUGUCAAGUACCCACACCGCCGCAGUACUAUCCAGUUCCGCAGCAGUAACGUAUAUUACGAUACCCUUGAUAUCCCUGAACGGACGAUCAUUUUGCCUCUUAAAAGUGAUAGAUGUAUUCGUACAUCCUCAAAUGAUAGAGCGAAUCCUAUGUUCUGCUUCAUUUGAGAGUAUUUAUAGUGUACACCGUCGUCAUUUAUCAAAUAUGACGUCAAUAGAGAUUGAAGCUGCUGACGUUGUUCGUCUUAUCGAGCAGUAUCUGAAGGAAAACAAUCUUAUGCGAACACUCGCUGUGUUGCAGGAGGAGACAAACAUCACUCUGAACACGGUAGACAGCAUCGAUUCCUUUUCACAUGAGAUCAUUAAUGGACACUGGGACACUGUACUGAAAAUCAUUCAGCCAUUAAAGCUCCCUGCUAAGAAACUGAUUGACCUGUAUGAGUUGAUGGUCAUUGAGUUGGUUGAGCUCCGAGAAUUGGCAACUGCUCGUCUUAUCGCGCGUCAAACAGAUCCAAUGCAUUUGUUGAAGCAGAUGGAUCCUGAAAGAUAUGCGAGAUUGGACAACUUAAUUAAUCGUCCAUACUUUGAUCCAGGAGAGGUUUUUGGUGAUGUCAGCAAAGAAAAACGGCGUCAGGCUAUUGCUAAUUCCUUAGCUAGCGAAGUAAAUGUGGUACCUCCAUCUCGUCUUCUUGCUUUAUUACAACAGUCACUCAAAUGGCAGCUUCAUCAAGGUCUUUUGCCACCGGGUACUCAAAUUGAUUUGUUCCGUGGUAAGGCUGCGAUGAGGGAGCAGGAAGAUGAACGGUAUCCCACACAACUGGCCAGACAUAUCAAAUUUGGAGCAACCAGCUAUCCGUUGUCAACAGUAUUCUCACCUGAUGGACAAUUUCUUGUUUCUGGUUCUAAAGAUGGUUUCAUCGAAGUGUGGAAUUUUAUGAAUGGAAAACUUCGAAAAGACUUAAAGUAUCAGGCUCAAGAUAACCUCAUGAUGAUGGAUGAAGGCGUCACCGCACUGUCUUUCUCACGUGAUUCAGAGAUGAUUGUAUCUGGUGGUAUGGAUGGAAAAAUCAAGGUGUGGCGAAUACAGACUGGUGAUUGCCUCCGACGUUUCGAAAAGGCUCACACUGCAGCAAUCAAUGCUGUUCGGUUUAGCAAGGAUAAUUCACAUGUACUUUCGUGCAGCAAUGAUCACAUGAUAAAAGUGCAUGGUUUGAAGAGUGGAAAAUGUCUGAAGGAACUGCGGGGACACACUUCAUUUGUCACGGAUGUUCGAUAUCUCGAAGAAUCAAAUCAAGCGGUGUCUUGCUCUGCCGACGGUACGCUCCGAAUAUGGAAUCUGAAGACUGCGGAAUGUGCGACUACUUUCCGUAUAGCUGGUGAUAUUGCUGUAAAUUCUGUCACUCCAAUCCCUAAAACAGAUCAAAUAAUUGUUUGCAACCGAUCGAACACGCUCUAUAUUGUGAAUCCCCAAGGACAGGUGGUCAGAUCGAUGACAUCGGGAAAACGUGGAGCGGAGGGUGAAUUCAUUGCAUGCAUAGUAUCUCCACGUGGCGAAUGGACGUAUGCCGUGGCCGAAGAUGGUGUUCUUUAUUGUUUCCCAUUGCUGACUGGCGUCUUGGAGAAUACGCUUCCGGUCAGUGAAAAGCAAGUGUUGGCCCUCGCCCAUCAUCCAAAUCAGAAUUUGAUAGCAACGAUCGCUGAGGAUGCGUUGUUGAAACUCUGGAAAGAUUGA